AUGUUACGGGAGGCCGCUGUACUCUUAGCCGUUGCUUCACUUGGCUUUGGGUCUUUGCUGGAUGGCGAUUUGGACUUAGCAGAUGGUGUAAAGUUAGUCAGUAUACCAGUGUCUAACAGUUUGGAGGAUGAAGGCAGAUCACUCGGAAACUCACCGCUAUUCCGUAUGGCAAAGUUUCUUCAAGGACACGAGCUUCACGUCAAGCUGCCGAAUCUUAUCGAAAAAGAUAAAAUAAGUCAUCUAUUCGAGGAAUCGUUGAAAAUUGUGGAUGAAUCCUACAAAAACAAUAAUGUUACUGGUCGAGGCAAAGGUGACGGUGGUGCCAGCAGUAUGGCUCUCCUUGGUUUGAUGUUUGCGAAGACAAUGGGUGCCGCUGGUAUUGGAGGAUUAGGUCUUCUUACGAUGAAGGCUAUGGCAUUGUCGGCUCUUGCACUGAUGCUGUCAGCUAUCGUGGGAGUUAAAAAGCUGGCUUCCAGCGACGAUCACGAUGACCACCAGGUCAUAUACGCCGGCCAUCAUGGUCAUCGAAGAAGACGAGACUUGACGGAUACACCACUCCCAUACAGAGGCUGGACUGAGUACAAACAAUCUUAA